AUGCCAGAUGGAGAAGUGCCUCCAGAGCUUGUCCAGCCUAUGCUUUCGGCAUCCACGCAUCUACUUGACGCUUCUACCUGUCGCCUGUUGCUGUACCUUUCUGACUUCUACAGAGCCUGCUUUAAACGUUCUCCAUCAGGUACGUGGAACAACCUGCCAGUGACGCAUCAGGAGUUCCGUAUCGGCAACUUGCACAGCAUCGAGAGUUGUUGGGAACUAUCUGGCAACUCAAACGACAAAGAGCUUCACACGCACGGCACCUGGCAUCAUUGCACGCAAUUUCUAUUCACUGCGCUGAACCCACCCAACUCCGUGCUGGACGAGGCCAAUCGUCUCCCGCAGUCUCUUAGGCCGAUCCACUACCUAAUACAGCUUCAGCCUUUCGUUAAUGGCAAUUUCCGCAUCCUCGGCUACAUGAAGGUGGAAGUGGAGGUCCUGGACACGACCUCAAAUAUCAUACUCCAUAUGCUCGACAUUAUCGCAAAGAACGACACAGUUAAGGUAUUGACUUCGGGGAGUGUGGAACAGCGACAGGUUGGAAUUAGGAGUCAACAGUAUGACCCCGUCCGCCAAUUUUAUGUCGUUCAAAUGGAGGAAGAGCUGAUGAAAGGUCAAACGUACACUCUGCAAAUGGAAUUCCUUGGUUACCUCAACGACCAGCUUCGUGGCUUCUACAGUUCGUCUUAUAAAGGCAUCAAUGGAGAAAUAAAGUAUCUGGCCGUGACGAAGUUCCAGCCCACGGACGCCCGCCGCGCCUUCCCGUGCUUCGACGAGCCAGCCCUGAAGGCGACCUUCGAGGUCCACCUGGCGAGGGAGACCUGGAUGACGUCGCUCUCCAACAUGCCCCUCGCCGAGACUCGGCCUGUGUCAUCCUUCAGUAACAGUGACAUCUACAAAAACAGUGAAGUCAGAGUGGCUGGGUGUGGGACUGUUUCCAUAACAGCGUCAAAAUGUCCACCAGCAUCGUCGCCUUCGCCACCUUGGAUCUCGUCCACCACAGAAAGCGUCACUCCCUUUCGAGUGUGGGCACCGCCGUCGGCCAUUCAGAAAGCAGAAUAUGGCAGUAAAAUCGAUCCACAGAUUCUGGCAUUCUACGAGGAUUACUUCAAUGCAUCUUACUCUCCAUGCAGGUUCCCCACUUCACCUUCCAGAGAUACAAUACUGUUAUACGAUCCUUUACACGCCAAGAAAAAGGUUAUUAACACUGUGGCUCAUGAAGUGGCUCACCAGUGGUUCGGCAACCUGGUCACGCCCCGCUGGUGGGACGACCUCUGGCUCAACGAGGGAUUCGCUACUUUCGUGGCUUAUUCGCAACUUUUCAUGUACGUCUAA